UCUUGAACUGAAUGAAUUCAAAACUAAGUCAAGACAGGCUCGUGUCAUUUAACCCUGACACAUCCUCCUCAGCGCGAGCCGACUGAAUCCACUCUAUUCGCAAGGUAGUAAGUGACGUCACGCGCGCGAGACACACGGUAGUCUGAGAGGUAGAGAGCGAGCGAGAGAGAGAGAGAGAGAGAGAGAGACAGCCGAAGAUAAAUACCAGCCUGCACUCGGAGUAACGCUACUUGUGUUCCCGAAACUGUUAUACGGUUAUUUAUUUGUGUGUAAACACCAGCAGCGCUGCGGUGAUGUUGCCGCGUGCGCCUUUAAUCCACUGGCUCGUGCUGCUGCUGCUGCGCUGGUGCUGUGAGUCGCGCGCGCGGACGGUUGACGGCUGUCCGGCAGAGUGUAGCUGUGAUCAGGACGGAGAGUCUGUGAGAGUGGACUGUGCGGACCGCGCGCUCACUGCGCUGCCCAGGUCCAUCAGCGCACGCGCCACUUACCUUGAUCUGAGCAUGAACAACAUCAGCCAGCUGCCCAGCAAUGCUUUUACCGCUUUUCACCUUCUGGAGGAGCUACGACUGGCGGGAAACGAUUUGACGGACAUCCCUAAAGAUGCUUUUGAUGGCCUUGUCAAUCUCAAAACUCUAAUGCUCCAAAACAACCAGCUUCGGGAGGUCCCCAGAGAGGCCUUUAAGAGCCUACAGAACCUUCACUCCCUACGUUUGGACGCAAACCAUAUCUCAAGAGUACCGCAAGACUGUUUCGAAGGACUGUCCUCUUUGCGCCACUUGUGGCUGGAUGACAACGCUCUGACCGAGGUACCAGUCGAUGCCCUGCGUCCCCUCUCUUCCCUGCAGGCCAUGACCUUCGCCCUUAACAAGAUCACCCACAUCCCGGACCGAGCUUUCGCCAAUCUUUCCAAUCUGGUGGUUCUGCAUCUCAAUAACAACAGAGUGCUGUCCCUGGGAAAACAGAGCUUUGAUGGACUACAGAGCCUGGAGACUUUGGAUUUGAACUAUAACAGUCUGGAGGAGUUCCCCAUGGCUAUCAGAACCUUGAGGACUUUAAAAGAGUUGGGAUUUCACAACAACAACAUCAAAUCCAUCCCUGAGCAUGCCUUCAUUGGAAACCCCUCUCUCUUAACAAUAUUCUUCUACGACAACCCUAUUCAAUUCGUUGGCCAGUCUGCUUUCCAGCACUUGCCGGAGCUCAGAACACUGUCUUUAAAUGGAGCAGCAGAUAUCACGCAGUUCCCGGAUCUCACAGGCACACAUAGUCUGGAGAGGCUCGCUAUCACAGGUGCAAGAAUCACCUCUCUACCGAGCUCAGUGUGUGAGCAGCUUCCCAACCUGCAGAUACUAGAUCUUUCCUACAACCUAAUCCAUUCUCUGCCAAGUCUCCAAGGCUGCAAGAAGAUUCAAAAGAUCGAUCUCCAUCAUAACCAGAUCCACGAGCUGAAAGCAGACACGUUUCGAGGCUUGCCUUUACUCAAGUCCCUUGGCCUGGCCUGGAAUAAGCUGUGCUCUGUCGACCCGCUCUCCUUCGCUGAGCUGCCAGCUCUCACCAAACUUGACCUGACUUCCAAUCACCUCUCAUCUUUACCUGUGGUUGAGAUGCACGUGUUGACUCACCUGAAACUGGCUGGAAACAUAGACCUCCAAGAGCUAAUUCCAGUGGAGAGAUUCCCCAGACUGAGGGUCAUGGAGAUGCCCUAUGCAUUUCAGUGCUGUGCUUUUCUGACCUGCGAGAAACACAUGAUUAGUUGGGAAAAGGAGAAGAACAGCAGCAAUGACGUAAGAAGGAAAGACGGUGUCGCCUCCAGCACAGGAGACCAUGAAUUUGAGGAUCUUUUCCCUGACCCUGAAGACGAUUCUGUUUUACACCACUCAAUCCAGUGCUCCCCAUCACCAGGCCCAUUUCAGCCAUGUCUUUAUUUGUUCGAGAGCUGGCUCAUCCGUUGUGGAGUUUGGAUCGUUGCCGUCAUGUCCCUGAUUAGUAAUGCUAUGGUCAUGGUGUCUGUCUUUCUUUCUCCAACAUUUUUGUCUCCCGUGAAGCUGCUGGUGGGCUUGUUAGCGCUGGUUAACAGCCUGACAGGACUGUGCAGUGGAGUUAUGGCUCUUGUAGAUGCCCUCACCUUUGGGAGCUUUGCAAAAUAUGGCGCAAACUGGGAAAGCAGUGCAAGCUGUAAGCUCACUGGAUUCGUGAUGGUCUUUGCAUCCGAAACGAGCGUCUUCCUGUUGACCGUGGCCGCUGUGGAAAGAAGUUUUUCUGUCCAUAAUGGGAAAGCAGCAUUGGAUUAUAGAGCCUCAAAAGCGAUGGUUAAGCUAGCAGUGCCAUUUUGCUUCAUCUUGGGUUUGGGGGUAACAUCGCUACCUCUCCUACACGUUACUGAUUACGGAACAUCAUCGCUCUGCCUUCCUGUUCCCCUUGGAGAAAACUCUGGUUUGGGCUUGAUGGUGGUCCAAGUCCUGGUCAACUCUUUAUGCUACCUGGUCAUGACCGUAACCUACACGUGUCUGUAUUGCAGCUUAGAGAAAGGCGAGCACGACAAGCUCUGGGACUGCUCCAUGAUCCGCCACGUGGCCUGGCUUCUUUUCGCCAAUUGUGUCCUUAACUUCCCUGUAGCAUUCCUGUCGUUUUCUGCCCUGUUGAAAAUCUCCGCCGUGGGUCCGGAUGUGAUCAAAUCAGUGCUCCUGGUGGUGGUACCCUUACCUGCGUGUCUUAACCCUUUGCUUUAUGUGCUCUUUAACCCCCAUUUCAAAGAGGACCUGGGACUCUUGCUCAGACACACUGGGGUGACGCUGCUGAGGAACCAGCACCUGAGCCUGGCCUCGCUUGACUCAGACGAUGCCGAGAAACAGUCAUGUGACUCCACGCAAGCUUUGGUCUCUUUCACCAGUUUGAACAAACAACCGACGUGUUUGGCACAGGAUCCCAAGCCACAUCAUUUCACUGUGCAUUGUGUGUGCACGUCUUAAAGCUGUGUGUCAUCUUAAAAAUGCAAGACUUUUCUAAGAAUUAUUUUACACACGGCCCAGUGUGUAAGACAAACCCAGUCAGCGUUACAUCUGUUAGUGUGAACGCAUAAAUAUGUGCUUUAUGUUGGGUGCACAUAGACAAGACUUCAGUAUCGCUGUGUGUGUUGGUCGAGUAAACAUGAGGAGAAUACUGAUGUCUGAUGCUUUCUUCAGACGUGGUGGCACGGUCUUUACUGCCAUUAAAGGGGCAAAUGGGGCAAUCCAUGACUUUUUAGCUGUGUACCAAGCAGAAGCAUAAAUGCAGUAACAUUGUUACCUUAUAUUUGCAUAAUAUUUUACCUCUCUUUGGGUUGUAUUUCCAUAUUUUGUGAACCUUGAGAUAAUCAGAUGUAAAAUACACAGUAAUACUUGGUUAAACCUAAAAGCUUAAUAAUACAGUUACUUUACAUGUUAUGUAAUAUUAUACCAUCCUAUAGACACUGAAGAUGGUGGGUCCGUGUGUGGUGUAUUUUUCUUUUUUGACCUAUUCAAAGGUUAAUGUAUAAAACAUGUAAUUUUUGAUGGUUGACAAGACAGUUAAGACGAUUAUUUUCAACUAGCAACACACACUUACAAGCCUGUAUGCUGUUUCCAUUUCACUUUGUGUUGUAGUGUUCCAUGCUUGCUGUUUAAUGUGUUACAGAAACAACAUUUUAGAUAAUUAAUGAAGGAUUAAGCAACUUUUAAUUGUUAUACCACGAUUUUAAAUAGCACUUGUUUAAGACUUCAGAUCUUCGUUUUUAAUCAAUUAAUCAACGUAUUUGUUUACUAAAUGCCUUGUCCUCCUGUGAAUGUAUUUAUGUAACAUUAAAUAGAGAAUUUUAAUUGGAUAUAUGGAUUGCUAAAUUGAUACGUACACUACCAGUCAAAAGUUUGGAAACACCUUCUAA